CCCAAAGAACAUUAGACAGAAGUAGCAGCGAUCACAACUACAACAGGGAGUGAAUAAAACAAGCGCAUCUUAGGUCAAAGGCUCUGAUCUGAGGAGGACUUCCUGACUCUGUUCUGCUUAGAAUUCUCCAAAGAAAGAAAGGAAAACAAAAAAGUCAGUGUACUGACAGAGUGUGGAGAUAUCAGAGCAAUGGACACACUCCUGGCGGCCAUUGUUCGGGCCGAACAUGGAGCCCAUCUUCUCAGGCAACUAGAGAAGAUGAGAGAUGUCCAGGAGCUCACUGACGUGGUUCUGGUUGCUGGCGAAAUUUCCUUUGCUUGCCACAAGGUGGUGCUCUCUGCAUUCAGCCCAUACUUUCAGGCCAUUUUUACAUGUGGUCUGAAGGAAACGAGGGGAGGUGUAGUCCCCCUGAGAGACACUCCUGCUCAAAGCCUGGAGCUUCUGCUGGGUUUCAUGUACCGCGCUAAACUCCACCUGUCCAAUGACAACAUCCAGGCAGUGUCUGCUGCUGCCUUCCUGCUCCAUGUUGACGGAGCCUUCAGGUUGUGUCAAAGGCACAUGGAGGCCAGUAUGGACACUUCCAACUGUGUUGGUCUGUUCCACUGGGCCAGAAACUUGGGGGCCACUAGUUUAGCUGACUGUUUCCGAUACCUCUGCCAACACUUCACACAGGUUUGUGAGGAAGAAGAAGUCCUAGAUUUGGACGCUCAAAGUCUUGCAGAUCUGCUGGCUUCAGACGACCUCAACAUUUCCAAGGAGGAGGUGAUGCUGGAGCUGGUGUUGCGUUGGGUGGCAAAGCGACGAGGGGACUCGCAAUGUGAAGCUCAGGCUGUGGAGUUGCUGCGUCAUGUACGGCUGGAGCUUGUGGAUCCCGUAUUCCUCCAAAAAGCUCGGAGAAAAAAUCAGGUUUUGCUACGAGACAUUGAGUGCUUUCGAAUGUUUGACGCUGCCCUCCAGACCUCGGGUCUGUGCAAGGCAUCAGCCCCGCCUCGACCAAUCCUUCGUUACGGAAUGGAGACCACCAACUUUCUGAUCUGCUUGGGAGGCGUGAACCAGGAUGGGAUUCCUUCCCGCCGUGGGGGCCAUGCUGAUCUCAGUUUUUGCUUCGCUCCCAAAGACAGAAAAACAUACUACAUCCCCUCUCCUCUGAUGGGCUCAGGGGGCUUUGGUCAGAUUGUUGGCAGGGCUGUGACUUGUGACAACAACAUAGUGGUCGCCGUCGAGGCAGAGGAUGAGCAUAGAAUGAAGAGAGCGGAUAUCUACAGGUACAAUCCUGCUGAGAAGUCCAUCUGGGUCAAGCUUUGCUCAGCAGCACACACGGACAUGUGUGCUUUUGGGCUCCUGGGCAAUGCAAUCUACAUGAUUGGCGGUCAGAUGAAAGUGCACCAUCAUUACAUCAUCACAGACAGUGUGAUGAGGUGGUCGUUGAGAAGAGGAGGCAGCUGGAUCUCCUUCGCCCCACUGCCUCUUCCUUUAGCUUGCCACAGCACUGUUAGCCUCAAAGAACGCCUUUAUGUACUGGGAGGAUGGUCGCCACAGAACCACCCAGAAGAAGAACCAGAAAAGCUCAGUAACCGAGUGUUCCAGUUUGAUCCUGGUAAAGAUAGAUGGAAAGAGUGCGCCAGGAUGAGGCACUCGAGAUAUCGCUUUGGUGCUGCCAUUCUCAAUGGAGAAAUCUACAUUUUAGGUGGUAUAGGAUGUGACGGAGAAGACUGCGGCCAAUGACGUCGCUCUUUGAGCUGUGUAGAGAUUUACAACUCGGAAACAGACACAUGGAGGCCAGGCCCGAGUCUUCCCAUAUCGUUACUGUUUCUCCGAAACAACAGUGCAGGCGUAGUGCAGGGCAAGCUGUAUCUCUGUGGAUACUACUAGGGGGCGAGUGGGCAUGAGAUCAUCACUAAGGAGGUUUUGGAAUUGGACCCUGCUGUGAAUGCGUGGGCAGUGGUAGAAAGACAUGCAGCAAUGCACGACAGCUAUGAUGUCUGUGUGGUGGCUAACCUCAAUCCUCGUGAUCUCCUCACACAAUGAAACAUCCCUUUAUGGCUCGAAGCGACUACGACGUUUCACCCAAGGAGCUGAGGGAGGCGAACUUCCAACCUUACAAGAAAAAUUAUGGCCUGCGUCAACUGACUGUGGAUGUGAAAACUCUGGAUGGUCUUGUAGAGCAAACAAGCCACGUUUGGCCAUUUCUACAAAUGAGGGAAGUAACGUCUUGCAAUUUAAGCGAUGCAAAUAAAUAAAGUCAUAAAGUUAUGAAAUUUAAAA